CAGAAACUGAAGGAAACAGGUAACAGGGAUGGGGAGGGUUCGCAGGGGCUGCAUCGAACACAAAACAGUGCUCAUCUUUGCUGGUUGCAGGCCCAGGUCCCCUCACUUCACCGCGCUCACCAUGGUGACAGAUCUGGUGCACUGGCUGCUGGUCGCCCUGUUCGGCGUGCACGCCCUCUUCGUGACGGUGUUUUUCCUCCCCAUCCACUUCGCGCCGAAGCGGAUGCUUAUCAAGGUGGCCUCCAAGACCCGCCUGCCCAUCGACGCCUCCACAGGCGCCAUUGCCGUGUCCACCGCCCUCUUCUGCUGGUGCGUGGGGCAGCUCAGCUCCCUCCCUCCCGAGCCGACGGCCGACGUCAAGACGGGCAUCUGGUUCAGCAUCUGGAUGGCUGUAGCGAACGUGUUCUCCUACGGGGGCAUGCGCCACGUGUGCUACGUGUGUUACCACAACGAGGAGACCAUCAUGCAGAUGGAGAAGUCGGCCGCCACGCGCGACAUUGUCGAGUGGCAGCCGCCCAAGCUCGAAGCGCUGGGGCCCAUCCUCGCACCCUACAAGUGGCUCGUGUCGCCACAGUUCUUCGGCUUUGACCGCAUCCCUGACGCCAAGAAGCACCGGCUGCUGUUCGUGUCAAACCACUCGCUGUGGGGGCUGGAGAUGCCACUGCUCAUCGAGGGGCUCUACCGAGAAAAGAACAUCUUCCUUAGAGGGCUCGGAGGUCAGCCAGGGAGAAUCAUAUGGCAAAGUCAGUCUUACACACGUCGAAGCGGAUCUCUCUCUCUCUCUCUCUCCUUGUCGCAUGUGUGUGUGCCGCACCGCAGCGCAUUUCCACUUCUACCUCCCCGGCCACAAGCAGAUUUUCGAGAUGAUGGGUGCAGUGGACGGCACUCGCCCCAACACGCGGCUGAUGCUGCAGAAGGGCUUCAGCGUACUGGUGUACCCCGGCGGGACCCGCGAGGUGCUCAAGAAUAGCAAGGUGCAGAAGUACGAGCUGAUGUGGGGCAACAGGGUGGGCUUCGCCAAGAUCGCCGUCGAGGAGGGCGUCACCAUCGUGCCCACCUGCUCGGUCGGCACCGAAGACAUGCUCGAGAUACUCAAGGUGCGUUGGUGCGUUGGUGCGUUGGUGCGUUGGUGUGAGUGAGUGCAUCGGUGCGUAUGCCUGUGGGCGUGGCGUGUGUCGGUGUGUCGGUGUGUCGGUGUGUGUGUUAGGAUGUGCCUAUCGACUGGCUGAUUGGCAAGUCCAGCCUGACGGUGCCCAUCAUCAAGUACCCCACGCCAGCGGAGACCGAGCGAGUCUACUUCUGGUCAGUCAGUCAGUCAGGAACACACAGACAGACACCUCCAGGGGGCGAGGGAAAUCCACUCUGCAUCUCCUGUCUGUCGUGUGUGUGUGGGGUGUGUGUGUCAGGUUCGGCGAUCCCGUCAGCACGGCUGAGGAGAAGAAGCAGCUCGAUGCAGUCGCAGGGACAGAUGCAUACGACGGCGUAAGCAGCCCACAACCACCCUGACGUUCGCACGGCCAUAUACCUUGUCGUGGUCGUGUUGUAUGCUGCAUGCCGUCUUGUGUGUGUGUGCAGAAGCUGCAAGAGCUGGCUGAGCAAGUGCGCGACAAAACCAAGGCAGCAAUCGAAGCUGGUCGGUUCUUCCCCACCCCCACCACAGCCCGAGUCCAGCCGGCCUCUGAUGCGCGUCUCGUUUGUGCGUGUUUGUGCAGGCAUCAAGGAGCUUCAGCAGCGGCAGGCUGACGACGCCGGGCGGAUGCUCCCCGACCGCGUCAAGCGCACCGCCGAUGCCAUCAAGGCCGCCAUCACCGACCAGGUGGAGCGGUCCCUGGGGCGCUUCACCGGCGGCGCAUCCGCUUCUCAGGCGGACGAGCAGGAGACGCAGCCCGAGAGUGUGCAGGACAUGGGCGACGAUGGCGAGGACGGCUGCACGGGGGAAGAAGAGGGCUCGCGAGUUAGAAGGCGACCCGUGUGAACGAGCGGUUUUUGGCCUUAUCGGUGUUUUUGGUCGUUCCAAGGCAGUCAUAUGUGUGUGUUUCGUCCGUUUUUAAUACCCGUGGUGGGUGUAUGCUGUGGGUGGGUGGGUAGGUGGGCAGAUUGUGUCAGGCAGAUUGGAGUGUUGUUGCCCGGCCCGGUAGGUAAUCGGGCAACAUCCACUCACUCCACCCGUCUGUCGUCUGUGUCUGGCCGCUUGCUUACUGUCAGGGUGGCCCUCUUUUUCUCCAUUGGAUGCGAUCGAUGCUGGCUCAUUUUGUUAGUGUGGUUGACAGGAACCACAGACAGACAGACAGAUCGACAGACGGUUGACGCAUGACGUCUUCCCGGAGUUGGCUGCUAGGUCGGUUUAUUGAUGAUGGACGUGUGACAGAGUGGUCGGUCUCAUGCGUGCGUGCGGCUUCGGUCUCUGUUCUUUGCUGCCGCUUCGGAUGGUCCAUCGUACCCGACCGCUGCGCAGAGAAGACAAUUUGCGCAGCAGACGGGUCGGUUGGGUCGUCCAGUGCAGCAGCAGAGGACGAGACAGACCUACGCUGCCAUGAACUGCAGUGGAGUCGUUGAUAUCCCGUCUUGUUGCCGGCUGCUAGCUGGCUCUUUUUGCUACCGGGCCUCCCUCUCUCUCUCUCUCUCUCUCUCUCUCUCUCGACCUUUUUUGCCGGUUUGGCGAUGGUUCGAUUGCCAUGCGUGAGAUCUUAAUUUUCUCAGUUCUCUGCAUGAGACUCUACUCAUUCCCACGCCGCGACGAGCGGGCGGCAUCGGUGGGGAUAUGAUCUGUUGAGGCAGCAAGGCGAGGCGAAAGGGGUGAGACUCACGUGAGGCUGAAUCGCUGCUGGUGCACAAUGUAUCAUGUAACAAGCCGCAAGGGUCUGGUGCCGUG